AUGGACGCUCUGGUGCAGCUAUUCACCCACUCGUUGGAUCCCAACCCCAACGCUCGUAAGGCGGCUGAGCUCGAGCUCAAGAAAGUCGAAGCUCACGAUGGAAUGCUCUCCUCGGUCUUUCAGAUCGUCGCUUCCACUCAGCUCAGCAUUUCAGUGAGGCAAGCCGCUGCCGUCUACUUUAAGAACCGCGUGCAAAGGCAUUGGGACUCGACUCCCGUUCGUGGGGCACCCACCGUCACUGCCAUCCCUCAAGGCGAUAAGGAUGCCAUCAAGUCUGCCAUUCUUCAGACCCUCGUGGAAACUACCGCUCCCAUCCAGGUUCAUGUUGCAAAUGCGCUUCGUACCAUCGUGAAAUGCGACUUCCCGGAUCAGUGGCCACAUCUAUUGGACCAGAUCGGACAGCUCCUCCAGAGCCAAGAGCCUCACCAGGUUUACGGCGGUCUUCGUGCGCUACUCGAGGUGGUUCGAGCCUACAGGUGGAACAACGGCUCCAAGAUGAUGGAGCAACUCGCACCUGCUACUCUGCCGCUUAUCUUGCGUACCGGCGAAAACCUGCUCAAUUCCGACAAUUUUUCGUUCCCAAGGGUCGGCGAGAUCAUCUAUGUGAUCCUCAAAGUCUACAAGACUUCGAUGCACUCUGAGCUCACCAAGCACCAGCAGACGCACGAGUCAAUCGUUCCUUGGGGCUCUUUUCUACUUCAAGUUGUUCAGAAGGAGAUCGACCCAGCGAACCUACCCUCGGACGACGAAGAGGCAAUGGAGGCGGCUCCUUGGUGGAAGGCAAAGAAGUGGGCUUUCCACACCCUCAACAAGCUCUUCUCUCGCUACGGCAACCCGUCCCAGCUUCCGUCGGACAUGCAGAAUUACAAACCUUUCGCCGAGCAUUUUGUUCAGACGUUUGCUCCGGAAAUCCUCAAGGUGUACCUGCGCAUCGCCGAAGCCAACAGCCAAGGCUCCAUGUGGAUUUCCAAAAAGGCCUUCUACUUUCUCUGCAUGUUCUUCACCGAAUGUGUCAAGCCCAAGACUACGUGGGCGCUUCUCAAGCCGCACGUGCCUCAGCUCACCCAGUCAUUCAUCUUCCCGCGUCUCUGCUUUAGCGAAGAGGAUGACGAGUUGUGGGAGCUGGACGCGGUCGACUUUGUACGAGCCAAUCUUGACCCGUUCGAGGAGAUUGGCUCUGUGUCCGGCUCGGCUGCUACGUUUGUCCAGACCGUCGCAUCCAAGCGUACCAAGAGCGCGUUUAUGCCUUUGCUCGAAUUUGUCACUUCAGUGGUCAACGCCUAUCCAAUGGAGAGGAGCGCCAAGGAGAAGGACGGAGCCUUCCAUCUCUGCCGUGCUAUGGACUUGACCAUGGUCAACCACGAAAAGGUGUCUGGAAUGCUUGACUCGUUCUUUGCGCAGCAUGUGAUCCCGGAGAUGAAGAGCGAGCACAAAUUUUUGCGUUAUCGCGCUUGCGACUUGGUCAAGGCGUUUGAUCACAACGGUAUGCAGUGGAGCAACAAUGCGACGUUGGAAGCAGCGUUCCGUGGAGUGAUGGAUUGUAUUGGAGAUGCCGAGCUUCCCGUUCGUGUUGUUGCCGCUGAAGCGAUUGGCUCGCUCAUCGACCACGAUGAAGUGCACGCAGCAAUGGCGCCAAAUGCGGCUCGUCUUAUGCAGGAACUGCUCAAGCUCAGCGACGAGACGGAUCUAGACAUUCUCUCUCCGACAAAGUCCAAAGUGGUGGCCAACUUUGGCGAGGAAUUGCUGCCCUUUUCGAUCCAGCUCACGGAGCAGAUGGCCGAGUCGUACCUGCGUCUGGUCAACGAGAACCUCGAAAGUGCAGAUCGCGAUCCUGAUGGUACCAUGGAGCUCAACAUGGAUAACCACGAAGACGACAAGCUGUUUGCUGCUAUGGGUUGUCUCAACACCAUCUUCCAGAUCAUCGCUUCGGCCGAAUCCAAACCGGACAUCCUUGAGAAGCUUGAAGCUGUGGUUCUGCCCAUUGUCGCUUUUACCUUGGAGAAGGAUUGCGUCGAGCUGUUUGAUGACUGCCUGGAGCUCACAGACACCUUGACUUACUUCCAAAAGAAGGUGAGCCCGGCGAUGUGGCACAUUUUUACUCUGAUUUACAAGUCGUUCAAGGGUGCCGGUAUUGACUACCUGUCGGAGAUGCUGCCUACGAUUGACAAUUGCGUCUCGUACGGCGUCGAGGUGGUGCAGCAGUCGUCGGAGUACAAGUCGAUGCUGGUGGAUAUCUUUUUGACGGCCAUGACGUCGGAUCAGCUGGGCAUCACGGAUCAGGUGGCGGCUUGCAAGCUGGCCGAUGUGAUCCUGCUGCUGUUGAAGGGAGGCGUGGACGAGGCUCUUCCUCAGAUUGUCAACGCUGUUUUGCCGCACACGGUGGACGAGGAGAAGAUCAAGGCGGAUGUGAGAAAGUGGUCGGUGAUCGUGGUGCUGGAUGCGUUGGUGUACAACGCCGGUGCCACGUUGCAGGUUGUCGAAGCGAAUGGAGCAACGGCUGCGCUAUUUGGUGCAGUGACAACGUUGUUGCCGAAACUGACGCGGGUACACGAGAAGAAAGUUGCUGCAUCGGCCAUCAUCCAACUGUUGGCGUUGGAGCCUGCUUUGCUUCCUGCAGCGCUGCAGAGCAACUUGACUGCGUUCCUGGUGGCGCUUGCUACCCAACUCGACGGACUGCCGGACGCGAUCCGGAAACGAAACGAAAUGCUGGAAGCGUUCGAGAAUGAAUCCGCGGAUCAAGAGGAAGAUGAAACGUCGUUCGCAUCGAGCUCGGCAGGUGUCAAUGUCGACACUUCGGGCUUUGAAGACGUGGACGACGACCACGAUGUGUUGGACGAAGAGAACGAGUACAUGGAGAUGUUUGCUCGCGAACGUGCCAAGCUUCGUGCGCGAGCCAAUGGCGAGGAGCUGGAAGACGACGAGGACGAGGACGAUGAGUUUGUCGACGAGGAUGACGAGGACGACGAGCUGAGCUACGAGAGCCCGAUGGAUGCGGUUCCGGUGUUUGAGCAGUUCCGACAGUUGUUGACCAGCUACCAGAGCGAAAGGCCCGACGUGUGGGCCAAGAUCGCCGCCGAGUUGACGGCUGAUCAGAUGCAGUUGAUCCAGCAAGCUGCCGAGGGCAAGGACGAGCGCGUCAAGACGUUGUAG